AUGCCAACAUAUAGAGAAAACAUAUGUUGUAAAGAAAUACAUGUAAUAUUGGCUAAAUUAGCUGAACCUGAUCCUUCACAUGCAGUACCAUGUAUAACACAUCAUCCUGGAUUUUCAACUGUAUGUUUAAACAUGUGGGUGUUGCAAACAGCUUAUUUUAAUUACAGGCAGCAAUACGGACCAUAUACAGCACCAAUAAAUCAUAGGAAAUACAGAUACACCGCAUACAGGCAAUUAUCACGAUGGUGUUGGGGUUGGCUUGGGAGAGUCCUACGUGUAGUACUUCCGUCUUGUGCUGUCAAUAAACUACGUUUAACAUUUUCUGACCCAUCAAAUACAUACACUGGAUUUAAAUACCCAACUAUUGAUUAA